AUCACUGAAAAAACAUUUUAGAAACAAAAAAUGCAGACCUCUCCAUUAGUUUUUGUAGCAUUAGUUUAUGGAGUUUUGGUUGGUGGAAAUUUGGCAUAUGGGCAGUUGAGUUCAACAUUUUAUGAUGAAACUUGCCCAUAUGCUUCUUGCAUAAUACGUGAAACCCUAAGGCAAGCUUUCAUUUCUGAUCCCAGGAUUGGUGCUAGCCUCAUUAGGCUUCACUUUCAUGACUGCUUUGUCAAUGGUUGUGAUGGGUCAAUAUUAUUGGAUAAAAGUGAGACUAUAGACACUGAAAAAGAAGCAUUUGCCAACAACAAUUCUGCAAGAGGUUUUGAUGUUGUUGAUACAAUGAAGGCUAGAUUGGAAUCCAUUUGUCCUGCCACUGUUUCCUGUGCUGAUAUUCUCACUAUUGCAUCUCAACAAUCUGUUACUUUGUCAGGAGGUCCAUCAUGGACUAAUUUACUUGGAAGAAGAGACAGCAGAAUAGGGAACAGAACUCUAGCUAAUUUGAACAUUCCAGGUCCCUUCGACAGUCUUGAAAGGCUCAAAUUUACAUUUUCUAAUGUUGGCCUCAACAAUGAUACCGAUCUUGUUGCAUUAUCUGGUGGCCACACAUUUGGAAGAGCUCAAUGCAGAACAUUCGUCGGCCGUUUGUACAACUUCAACGGUACAGGUCUACCAGACCCAACUUUGGACACAACAUACCUAGAAACUCUUCGUCAAAUCUGUCCGGAAGGCGGAGAUGGCACCGUCCUAGCCAAUUUCGAUCCAUCGUCACCCGAUUCAUUCGACAAUCACUAUUUCUCCAAUCUGCAGCAGAAUAAAGGUCUUCUGAUAAGUGACCAAGAACUGUUUUCAACUCCUGGAGCUGAUACUGUCGACAUUGUCAACAACUUUGGGAAUGACCAAAAUGCUUUCUUUGACGCAUUCGUUGUUUCUAUGAUCCGAAUGGGAAAUCUUAGCCCGUUAACGGGAUCUGAUGGCGAGAUUAGGCUGAAUUGCAGAGUUGUUAAUGCACCUCCAGCUCAAGAUUUCGAGCUUCGAAGCUCCAUUUGAUCAAUUAUGUUAUGUUUAUUUAUGUACGUGUAUGGAAUUAUAUAGAAUAAGCUUGUAUGCAAACUCAUCCUUUGGGUUGUUUUUUUUUUUAA